GCUGGGCGUGUCUUAGCUGACCUGUGACAGUUGAGGUUGUUCAGGCUCGUUGUGGAAAACUCUGGAAGUUUCUGAGCGGUUUAUAAGGAAAACCUUCGAGGUACAGCGCUCCGAGUUCAGACAGACGACCGACCGAGGACGUGCUACUGAAGUUCAGAGACAGUCUGUUUAUUAAAGAGGCCGCUGGAUGGUCAAAAUGGGAAAAGACUACUACGACAUUUUGGGAAUUAAGAGAGGAGCGUCGGAGGACGAUAUAAAGAAAGCUUAUCGUAAGCAGGCUCUGCGCUAUCACCCCGACAAAAACAAAUCACCGGGAGCCGAGGAGAAAUUCAAAGAGAUUGCCGAAGCUUACGACGUUUUGAGCGACCCAAAGAAAAAGGACAUCUACGAUCGUUAUGGUGAAGAAGGUCUGAAAGGCGGAGGCCCCUCAGGUGGUGGUGGUGGUGGUGGUCCUGGCACCUUCAGCUACACCUUCCAGGGCGACCCCCAUGCCAUCUUUGAAGAGUUCUUCGGUGGACGUAAUCCCUUUGGACAGUUCUUUGGUGCCCGCAAUGGAGGCAUGGAUGAGGAGAUGGACACUGAUGACCCUUUUGCCCGCUUUGGUAUGGGGGGCGGUGGAAUGGGCGGGUUCCCUCGCUCCUUCAGCUCCGGUAUGGGAGGAAUGGGCCCUCACAGUAGCGUUGUAAAGAAGCAGCAGGACCCCCCUGUGGUUCAUGAUCUCCAGGUGAGCUUGGAGGAAGUUCUUUCAGGCUGCACAAAGAAAAUGAAGAUCUCGCGUAAAAGGCUGAACCCCGACGGGCGAUCAAUAAGGCCAGAAGAUAAAAUCCUAGAGGUGCAGAUAAAGAAGGGGUGGAAAGAGGGCACGAAAAUCACAUUUCCCAAAGAGGGGGACGAGACUCCCACGAACAUUCCAGCUGAUGUGGUCUUUGUGUUGAAAGACAAGCCACAUCCAGUAUUCAAACGUGAAGGCUCUGACAUCAUUUACACAGCGAAAGUGUCCCUCAGAGAUGCCUUGUGUGGCUGCACAGUCAGUGCACCCACCUUGGAAGGCAAAACGGUGACCGUCUCAUCAACAGAUAUUGUGCAGCCAGGGAUGAAGCGGCGUGUCAGUGGCGAGGGGCUGCCUUAUCCCAAACGGCCAGAUCGUCGAGGUGACCUAAUAGUGGAGUUUGAGGUUAAGUUCCCAGAAAGGCUCAGCCAGAGCGCCCGGGACACCAUCGCUCAGGUCCUCCCACGAUCUUAAGCAAGUCCAACGGACCGCCAGGACUUUACAACUGUCAGACUAAGCUGCCAACUACUUUUUUUUUAUCAAUCAUCACAUGGACGUUCAUGUGGAGUCACACCAGACAAUAAAGGAGAGACUCAUGGGAUGGGAUUGUCAACCAUAGUGUAAAAACACCAUGGGAAAAUGUUGACCAUGAAUGACUGCAGCAUUUCAGAGGCUAGAAUGUAAAUAUGAAUGACACUGUUUGGUGUUUGGUUUACUGAAUAAGAUUAUAUUUUGAUGAAAAUAACUGUAUUAUAAUAUAUAAAAAAUAUGUGCACUAUUCUGUGGGAACUGCUUUGUUGGUAAUAAAGGUUCUCCCUAAAAAAGAUGUUUUCUUUUUGUAUGAAAUUGUAACAUAAAAACGUGCAUUGAAUUGUUUACAUAGUUAGGAUGGAACGCUUAUAAAGUGUGUAGAAAGAUUUCUGUAUGGAGAAGUCUACACUUCACAUCCAACUGAAAAGUUGCUGGCUGACUAAUAACAUGUCACUAUCAUCAUUAUGGAAAGAACAAGACAGACAUUAAAACUAGUGCUGUAAACCUGAACCGGGGUAUUGUUUGUGUUUUCCCUGUAGCCACUGCUGACACCAGAGUCAGCUCUGACAACAAGGGAAGGCUCAAGGGCUCUUGUGUCCUGUGAGUGACCUUGUAUUCUUUUACAUUCACAGAUGCUCCUGUCAUUGUAUCUGGCCAAUGACGGUCUGUUUGCCAAAGUCUUUCUCUGUUGCUAACCUCAAUAAAUGUGUACACUUCCAA